AUGAAGAGCCUGGAUCUGGUCCUGCUGGCAUGUUGCUUGUGCAGCCUGAGCACAUUGGCAGGUGGGUCUGAUGUGGAGAAGGCCCUGAUGAAAGCGCUCUUUUCCAAAUACAACCUCAAGGUGCGGCCGGCAGUCAGCCCUGAGGAGAGGGUGGUGGUCCGUGUGGGUAUGGUCCUCUCCUCCUUCGUUGGACUGAACAUGAAAAAUGAAGAAAUGAGCACAAUCGUUGUCAUGAACCUGGAGUGGACGGAUUAUCGGUUGAGGUGGGACCCCAAGGAGCAAGACGGGAUCGAGGUGUUGCGUGUCCCCUCGGGGAAGGUUUGGCUGCCGGACAUCGUCCUCAUCAAUAACAACGACGGGGUGUUCGAUGUGGCCCUCCACGUCCAUGUUCAGGUUUACAGUAAUGGCAGAGUCACCUGGACUCCGCCCGCGCUCUACUGCAGCUCGUGCGGAGUUAAGGUGACAUAUUUCCCCUUCGACUGGCAGAACUGCACCAUGCAGUUCCGCUCCUAUACGUACGACUCGACGGAGAUCGACGUGCAGUACGCGCUGGACUCAAGAGGCAACGAGAUCAGGGAGAUCCAGCUGGACGAGGCCUUCAGUGAGAGCGGCGAGUGGCACAUCAGACACAAGCCAAGCCGGAAGAACACAAAUGACGAUCAGUAUGAGGACAUGACCUUCUACCUGAUCAUCGAGAGGAAGCCUCUGUACUACGUCCUCAACAUCAUCCUCCCGUGCAUCCUCAUCACCAUCAUUGCCAUCUUUAACUUCUACCUGCCUCCUGAUGCAGGAGAGAAGAUGGGUCUGUCUAUCAACGUGUUGCUCACCCUCACCGUGUUCCUGCUGCUGCUGGCUGAUAAGAUCCCGGAGACGUCGCUGGGCGUCCCCAUCAUCGUCAACUACAUCAUGUUCACCAUGAUCCUGGUCACGUUUUCCGUCAUCCUCAGCGUGGUCGUCCUCAACCUGCACCACCGCUCACCCAACACCCACCAGAUGCCCAUGUGGGUGCGCAAGAUCUUCAUCCACAUGCUGCCUCCUUACCUGGGCAUGCUGCGGCCAAAGGUAGAGACCCCCCUGUCCCUGGAGACCAUGCCCCGGCGAGAGAAAAAGAUCAUCACCGUCAGCAAAGCGGCCGACGAAUACUUCAUCCGCAAGCCCGACUCCUCCUUUCUGUUCCCCAAGCCCAACAGGUUUCACCCUGAUGGCAUGUGUACAGAUCUGAGGAAGUUCAUUGACGGCCCCAGCAGCUACCUCACGCUGCCCGAGGAGCUCAAGUCAGCCAUAGAGGCCAUCACGUAUAUCGCCGAGGCUCUGCAGGCGGAGAAGGACUACGAAGCUCUGAAGGAGGACUGGCAGUACGUGGCCAUGGUGGUGGACCGCAUGUUCCUCUGGAUCUUCGUCGUCUUCACCACCGUGGGCACCUUGGCCAUCUUCGCCGAUGCCAGCUUCAACCACACACCCACUGACCCCUUCAAAUCCCCCUGA